AAAUAAGAACGUACAGCAAAUUAAACUUCAGUCUCACUCAACAUUUUGUCAGAUUCGGAUCGUUUUUCAACAAGUAUUUUUUUCAAUUUUUUAACAACAAACCAAAUUAAGAACAAGUACAAAAAUGGCAGCUCAUGAAUUCGACACUUGCGACGAACUCAAGUACAAUUUCUACCCCGUCGCCAACGGAAUCUGCCAAUUCCGUGUGCGUGCUCCCAACGAUGCGCACAUUGCUUUGUGCACAGAUGCUGCCGAAGCUGACCCAAUGUACGAAGUGUUCAUUGGCGGAUGGAAAAAUACCAAAUCUGUCAUCCGUAAGAAUCGUACCAAGCCGGAUGUGGCAGAAGCUGAUACGCCUGACAUCUUGAACGACGGCGAAUUCCGUGGAUUUUGGAUCCGUUGGUGCGAAAAUACCAUCACCGUUGGUCACGAGGGACAACCUGCUGCCUUUUUGACGUUCGAAGACACGGAAAUGAUCCCCAUUAACUUUGUCGGAGUUUGCACUGGAUGGGGCGCUUGUGGCUCAUGGAUCAUCGAAGCUGCGCAAGCCACAUCUCCAUCAGCGCCGGUUGCUGCCAUGAGAUCCAGCGGCUCAGGUCCUGCCAAUUGGGUGGUCGUUAAUGGAGGCGCCAUUCCUCCAAAUGCAAUUGAAGGCGGUAUGGAUGGCGAACCACUCUUUAUUGGUCGUGCACAUCACGAAGGAGCUGUCAUUCCGGGCAAAGUUGUGCCAUCGCAUGGCGUUUGUUACGUUGCAUGGGGCGGAGCUGAAAUUCCCAAAUCCGAAUACGAAGUGCUUUGUGAUGCUGCGGGCAUGUGGGUUGCAUGCUCAGGUGCCGAAGUACCGGGACAAGCGUUGCAAGGCGGACAAAGUGAAGAUGGCGAGCCAUUGUUCAUUGGGCGUGCAACGCACGAAGGCACCAUCACUAUUGGAAAAGUUCAACAAAGUCACGGCGUUUGCUAUAUUCCAUACGGAGGACAAGAAGUUGCCUUCAACGAUUACGAAGUCUUCAUCUCACAAUAAGAAAAAAUCUCUGCUUGCGGAGAUAUGUCGUCAGUCCAUGUUUAUUUAAUGCAUUUUUUUAAUAUUUUGUUCAAUUUUUUGAAAAAUUUAAUUUUAUUAAUAUUUUAAAAUAAAGUAGAAUCUCACGCCUUUA